AUGGGGCAGACAGUUUCUCAUCAAUAUGGAGGUAUUUAUGGACCUGACCCGCAAAUGACGUAUUGUCCAAAAUGCGGCGAAUAUACCCUCACUAGAGUUACGUAUGUUAUGGGUCCUUUGGCAAUAUGUAUGGUCCUCAUGUUCGCUUUCAUCAGAUAUGGAAGGCGAAGAACUGUUGUGGUUAUCCAACCCCCGAUUCCUCCUCGUCAGCCUCCUCAACCUCAAGUUCAACCUGUUAUAAUGGCUCCUCAAGCUUAUACUCCGCCAGCUAGUCCACCGCCGUAUCCGCCAACUAGUCCGCCGCCGUAUGCACGAAAAUAAUGAGGAUGAACAUAGA